AUGUACCUAUCUACGAGCAUUGAACUAACUUGCAUUGUUCAGUUUCCAAAAUCCUCUACUUCCAGUGCUUCACAAGCAGGUGGGCCGCCGACUAUUUUACCCAACGUCAAAACCAGUAUUCCCUUAAAAACUCGGCAACUUAUCGUCACUAAAUUGUAUGAAGCCUUUGUUCGCAUUUAUCAACCUCUGCUUAAUACAAAACCUGCAUUAGCUACUGAACACGCAAAGGCUCAAGAGGAAAAAAUAUUUAAAUUCACCACCAAUUUGGCCGGCUACAAACAAUUGGCCACCAAUACCUUGAUGAAUUUGAAAAGAAGACCUGUCAGUACUAAUGAAAACGAUAUUGGCAUAGACGGUGAAUGGGUCGAUCCCUCCACACUAAAACCUGACACAAGUUGGAUCAAACGAAUCUCUGAAUGCAUAGCACCACUAGAGAAGUUGAAGGAAAUGAACUAUCCUUUGCCUGAUGUCUUAAUAGCACCAACAGCAGUAGCAACACAAGAUUCAAUUGAUAAAAGUGGAGUAGGCACGGUGCAAGAAUGUGAUCGUUGCCAUCAACAAUUCACUGUCAAACACAUCCUUGAUACCGCUGAUAUGAAUGCCUGUGUUUAUCAUACUUAUAGAAACCCUUAUUUCAAACAGCUCAAAGACGGAUCAAAGGAAAAAGUGUAUGCUUGUUGUGACGAAAAAUCAGGAUCGAGUAACGGAUGUAAAAGAGGUCCUCAUAUCUAUAAAGAGGAUAACAUAGAAAAAUUACAUUAUAAGAUACCCUUUGUACAAGCGCCAUCAAGGAUUGACAGUGAUCAGCGUCAGGAUAUUGUUGCUUUGGAUUGUGAAAUGGGAUAUACUACAGGAGGCUUAGAGUUGAUUCGUUUGACAAUGGUGGAUAUUCAUGGUCAAGUUUUAUUGGAUGAGCUUGUCUUACCUACCAACAUGAUUAUUGAUCUGAAUACAGUAUACAGUGGUAUUGCAACGCUAAAGGGCGCUUCUCAUGAUUUGGAAAGUGUGAGAAAGGAGGUGUUCAAGUUUGUGGAUCGAGAUACGAUUAUUUUGGGUCAUGGUUUAGAAAAUGACAUGAAUGCUAUGAGGUUAAUUCAUACCAACAUUAUUGAUACAGCAGAGCUCUUUCCACAUUAUAAAGGUUUGCCUUUCCGUAUGAGUUUACGGCAGCUGGCUUCCAUUCAUUUGAAAAAGUUCAUCCAAACAAGUACAGAUGGUCAUGACUCUUUGGAAGAUGCAAAAACCUGUGUUGAUUUAUUGGAAUUCUUCAUAAAGAAAGUAUUAGAUAAGAGGCUUGCUGAGCAGCGAAUAAGCACAUUAAAAUCGUGA